GGUACGUUCACCGAAUUUCACCACGACCGGUCGACCGCCCCCCGUGGGGGGCAAGCCUCUCGAUAUCAUCAUCCCUGCCGCCGUUCUUGCCUCCCAGCAGCGCCGUCAACAACAACGGCGAAAGCGACAACCGCGAGCGCAGCGCCGCCGCCAUCAGCGCGACCGCCAUCGUAACGAGGUGUACUUCGCCGUUCACCGCGACUAGGCAGGAAGAAAUGCCCGUAGGUACGAGAUCGAUCAGACCGAGUUCCCGCACGACGAGUAUGGAGGUACCACCGUCGAGUCUGUAACAACGCGAGCGAGCCCAGCACGCACCCGUCGUCGCGCGAGCAUCGCAACGGGCCAUCUCCACGCUCGCGCUCGGGUCAGCUGCUGCUCCGCUGCUGUUGCUGCUGCCUCUGUUGCUGUCGCUGCCUCCGCCGUUGGUUUGGCGUGUGUGUGUGUAGUCGCCUCGCCGCCGCUGUCUCCGCGAUCGCAGCCGUGAUAUUUGUAUUGUGAGGCGCCGCGCGGCCAGUACAAUGGAGUUACGCGUUGGUAACAAGUACCGGCUCGGACGGAAAAUCGGGAGCGGCUCCUUCGGCGACAUUUACCUAGGCACCAAUAUUUCCACGGGUGAGGAGGUCGCUAUCAAGUUAGAAUGCAUAAAAACACGGCAUCCACAGCUGCAUAUAGAGUCAAAAUUUUACAAGAUAAUGCAAGGAGGCGUUGGAAUACCAACUAUAAAAUGGUGCGGAUCGGAAGGUGACUAUAAUGUGAUGGUGAUGGAAUUACUCGGGCCAUCACUGGAGGACUUAUUUAAUUUCUGUUCGAGACGUUUCUCUCUAAAAACAGUCCUGCUCCUUGCCGAUCAAUUGAUAAGUAGAACAGAUUACAUUCAUAGUCGCAACUUUAUUCAUCGUGAUAUUAAGCCGGACAACUUUCUGAUGGGUCUGGGAAAGAAGGGGAACCUUGUCUACAUUAUAGACUUCGGAUUGGCUAAAAAGUAUCGCGAUGGGCGCACACACAAGCAUAUACCGUAUCGAGAAAACAAGAACCUGACGGGAACGGCUAGAUACGCGAGUAUAAAUACACACUUGGGGAUUGAGCAGUCGCGACGAGACGAUCUCGAAUCUUUGGGUUAUGUGCUUAUGUACUUCAAUAGGGGUAGUCUGCCUUGGCAAGGGUUGAAAGCGGCAACCAAGAGACAAAAGUACGAGCGCAUUUCCGAGAAGAAAAUGUCCACUCCCAUAGAAGAACUUUGCAAAGGUUACCCCUUAGAGUUUGCGUCGUAUCUAAGGUAUUGUCGAGACUUGCGUUUCGAGGAAAGGCCAGAUUACUCACACCUCCGACAGCUCUUCCGGACGCUGUUCCACGGUCAGGGCUUUACCUACGACUAUGUCUUCGAUUGGAAUAUGCUGAAGUUUGGGAACGCGAGACAGCCGACGCUACCCUCCGCGCAACAAGCACCUAUGCACUCGCAGCCGUCUAACGCGGCGCUGCCCUCUGGGACCAACAACGAUCAGGAACAUCGAUCAAGGCCCUAUACGCGACAGUGUUUGCCAAACGCGUCCGUAGCGACAGUGGGGCCGACGCUUGGACCGAACGCGAGUCUGAGAGCCAUCCGGCAAAAGCGCGAGAUGGAGACUCGUGGCGACCAGGACAAUCAGGACAAGAGUGAUCUUCAAGGUAAAAUACAAUUCUACCAACAAUUCUGCGCAAGCCAACAGAAAGCUGUUGCCGAGCGAAAAGCGAAACUUGUGGUCGGACACUCGCAGCCCGCUGGCAACGAGGCCGCUACACGCGCGAAUCCAUGUCAAUUCAGUACAUUCAAGUCAUCGCCGGGUAGAACGGUGGCGCCGGACGCCACAGGCUCUCUAGACCUGGCCGGUCUCAGUUUAGGGCAUCGCGAGUUAGGGCCGAAACGCACCGAGCUAAAUCCCGCGACGUCGCGCGACUAUUACCAGCCGAUGAGUAGGGCGCGCGAGAGAAGCCCUAACGCGGCGUCGCGUCAGCUCGACAAGCAGAGUUAUUUUUUUCAUGGGCAUAAAACUGAGAAAGAUGUAGAUCGCGAGGUCGUGAUGUUCGAGGAUCUGGGUACGGACGAUUGUGUGCUGGAAAAUCGACGAGGUGGGGCGAACGACGCGGACGAAACCGCCGCCGCCGCCGGCUCGAUGAAUUGCUUUGGUGGCCCGGCGGACAGAGAGCGGGGUUACACCGACUACGCCGACAAGAAGCUCAGAUAUCCUGCGACCUCAGGUAUGCGACGUCUCACCAUGACUCACGAGAUGCGUCGCGACUCCGGCAACGUGGAGUUCCUCGAGAAGGAGGGUGAGAUCUUCAAGAAGAGCAGCAGCGAGCUGUUGCAGGAGGCUUCCACUAGCAAACGCAGAAACUUCUCAUUUCGCAACAAGGAAAAGACUCACCGUAGCCUGGAGUCGCUAGAGAGAAGCAUCGACGUGCCUGCGAUGGAUUGUAAGAGCCUAGAUCUUUUGCCUGAGGACCGGCCAAAAACGUUUUUCCACAUCAAGCAAAGGAGUCUAGAUUCGUCGCAAAAGUCGACAAAGAAGUCCGUCGAUUCGGCCGCGAACAAGACGCGCAAGCGGCCCAGCUUCUUCCAGAGAGUCGGCAGAAGCCUGCAUUUUUUACCCAGGGAGCGCGAGAAGUGCCAGGAUCUCCUGAAGCCGGAGGAGUCGCGAGUCGACAGCCAAUAUCCGCAGUCCGACCAGAAGUGCGAAUACUUCCUGCAGAGGCACCAGAAGGACGUCGUCGAUUUUUUUGAGCGAACACCAAACUCGCUGGUCAGUCGUGCUCCCGCUCAGUCCAAUCUCGGUUCUUCCGAUAAACGCGACGACGGUGUGGAUCACGUCGACGGCGACCUCAUCAUGUGCUGUCCCACGGGCCUGAAGCAACUUCAGGAGGAGAGUACGUUUCGUGUGAUGAGAGACUUGGAUGAUCUUUUGAAAAACAGCACUAUUCCGGAGAAAUACACAGCGGGCCGUUCGGUGGCGAGCGUACCGUCGGUACGAUCCGCCGACGACCCCGCCAACAACAACGAACUGCUAGUGCAAUCGAGACUCUUAGAGCCUGUGGCGAGCGUCGCCACGCAGGAGACUGUGAGCGGCAACAAGGACAGCCUAGAGAUCGGUUACUCCAUCAGUCAACUCGGCAGACUGUACUUACAGAACCUGCAGCACGUCGGUUGCACAGACGGCGGCUUGCAGUCAUUGGAGAUCGCCGAUGUGGACGCGAAACGGGAACGCUACAUAGAAUUGAUUACCAGAGACGAUCUGGACGCUCUGAGCCACGGCACGAAUUCCAGCGAUUCCCUGGCGCACGGCAAGCCGCAGGGUAACUUAGACAUUCUCAAGGGUAUCUUACUCGACAUCUUCGUCUGCAUUUGCAUUUAAACGGAGGUGGGAUCUUUAUACGAUAAAAAAGAAAAAAAAGGAAUCCUCUUGCAUCACGUACUGAGCGAUCUCUAUUAUUUAUAUACACACAUAUACAUAUAUAUAAAUAUAUAUAUAUAUAUAUAUAUAUAUAUAUAUAUAUAUAUAUAUAUAUAUACUAUCGUGCGAAAACUACACCAAGAUUUCGAUGGUCAAGUAUAGCUCAGAGGAAGAAUAUUUUUAACGAAGAUAGAGAAGACAAAACGCGAUUUUUAUACUGGGUAUUUCGAACGUAAUCUGACAUUUCGUGCGUAUAUAUUUUCGUAUGGUACUAUAUAAUAAUAAUGAUAAAAUAAUAACGUUUAUAACGACUACAUUUGUACUUUUUAUAUUGUCGAAUUAUUCGCACGAAUAUUACGAAUUACAUUGAAAUCUUGGCCAUUUGUGAAUGAAUGAACGGAAGAUUGCCUUAAAACCGCAAAUAAGAGCGAAACCAAUUCGAUCGGAUUGUACCGACCGACAUGACAAAUAUCUUGAACCAAUACCAUUUUUUCUACGACGCAUAUAUACGAUGUACGUAUAAACAUAUAUUAGACUCAAUAAUCUUAUACACUGCGGCCUCAAGAUCGAUUGCGCUUGAUUUUUUCGAAAAGCGCGUCGCGAGAUUUUAAUGUCGAACUCUUGCCACACGCACAAAUACGCGCUCACACACACACACACACACAAACACAUAAUACACAGAUAGACAAACCACAAAUACACAUACACAUAGUUCAGGCACAAACGGAGUCGAGGAAGUUGAUUUUGCUUAGCCACUAUUGUUUAGGUUCUAACUACAAUAGAGAUUUAUAUAAGUGUCCACAUACCAAAUUACAGUAAUUAACAUAUACUAUAUUACCGCGAUCACGUGUGUACAUAAAUACGUUUAUUGAAGAACUGCAAAGCGCAACUGUAAUGACGAGCGUAAUCGUGAAAAAGAUAAAAAAAUAAGAAGAAAAGAAUGGAUAGGAAUUCAAAAUUCCUCAUAAAAUCUUCAGGUUGUAUACAACGAGUCUUUUUUUUUAUUUUUAUUUUUAAUAUUAAUAUUUAAUGUGUUCUUUUUUAUAUAUUUGACUGAGUGAAUACGUUACGAGUUUUCACUGAAUACGUUCGAGUUUGACGAAAUUUAUUCGGUUCUGGGAGAAUAGGUAGUGAGAAGAAUCGCGCGCACAGUACGACUUAACGGCAAUAUGUGGCAACGUAUGGCCUUAAUGUAAACGGUUUCUCGUAACUUAUUCCUUUCUGUGAAUAACUUUUUGAUAUUACUGUUAGACUGACCGAAAGCUAAUAGACUGAUAACGUUUAUCGUAAAAGCAUCUCAGAACUUGGUUGCAGUACCGUAGACUAUUUUAAUCAGGGUCACUUUUAUAUAUUCGUUUCGUGUCAUUUAUGAAAAAUUUUUUUUAUCUUUGUUUUAUACUUUUUUCUCUUUUAUUCGCGAGAAAAUCUCAAGUAUUCUUUUGUCUGAAAUGAGUAAGUAAUAUAGAAGACACAUUUAAAAAUUUCUGAAUAUACACUUGUGGAGAGAGAGAAAGAUCGUCCAUCAUUUUUAAGUUUAAUAAGUUUGUGAACUCAUCGGUCUUAUCCACAAUGAGAGAAAUCUUAUCAUUGGACAAAACGGAGUUCACAAACUCAUCCCAAAAAUUAUGGACGAUCUUUCUUCGGAAUAUACACUCGUCUGUGAAACGACCUGAACACAGUUUUUCCGAUCCAAUUAGAAGCAUAUCAAAUAUACUAAAAAAAAUCUAAAAAGCAAAAGAUAUUUUCAUUCGUGGAUAUUGAUAAUAUAUUUACUUAAAUCUAAAUUAUUUUAUUUAAAUAGAAUAAAAACAAUUGCUUUCAUGAAA